CACACUAUCAGUGCCGUUCAGAUCCGUAAUCGCCUCAGUCAUUCGAUGAUACAUAGUCAAUCCAAUACGCUGCUUUAGAUCUGUCGUAGCUGCGCUUUUUAGACUUCAUUUAAUCUAUACAUAAAAGUGCACGUAUCUUCUCUUAGACAAGAUAGACAUGAAAACACUAAUGCGCGUUAGUUCAGGUGUGCGCGCUCUAGUGGCGCUCCUGCUUCUGUCUGUCUCGGCACACAGUAAAGAACAAUGUGAUAACGAAGCUGAAAACUGCGAUAAAUGGACUAAAACUCACAAUCAACCCCUAAAUACAGAUAUCGUCGUGACGUACGAGCAGCUGAAGGACAUGAUAUCUGCUGGAAGCGUCCAGCUCUUCGAUGUACGUGAACCGGAUGAGCUGGAAGCAGGAUUUAUUCCAGGAGCCACCAACAUUCCAUUGGGAGAUGUGGAGCAGGCCCUCAGACUGAGCCCGGAUCAGUUUAGAGAGCGUUACGGCGUCACAAAGCCUCACAGAGACGACUCUGACUUUGUGCUGUAUUGCCAGAGAGGGAUACGCAGCCUCACUGCGCUGGAAACUGCAAGAGCUCUGGGAUACACAAGGGCCCGUCAUUAUGCUGGAGGAUUCAACGAGUGGCUUCAGCGGGAAGAACUGUGAGCAGAAAGAGUCGAGCAUCAAACUUGACAACAGAGGAAUGAAGCUUAUUUCAGCUCUGUGAAGGACCUAGAGGAAUAUGACUGAAUUUAUACGGCACUUGACUGUUAAAAUGACAGCACAAACCAAAAAUGUAGUAUUUACAAAAUCCCACAGAUGUGUCUAUAUAUUUUGCAAAGACUCAAUAAAUAUUGCAUCAUUUAUGAUA